CUCCAGUGCUCCCACAGGCCACAACCUGACCUCACCGACCUCGAACCCGAACCCUCUCUUCGUCUCACCGCCCCAAACAAAACCCAACCCAUUCGAUUCAUUCUUGCCUAUCGCACCCUUCUCUAUUCUCUUCUUAUUCUGUUAUUCAUCAACUCAACACCAACACCAACACCACACAAAUCUCUCAUUUCUCAGCUAUUUUUCACUGCACAAUCACCACAACAACAUCAAUAUGGGUUACGAAGACGAUCCGUAUCGCGAUGAGGACGGAGAACCCUUGAUGGAUUAUGACGACAUGCAAUCCGAUCCCGAGCCGGAGCCCCACCACGACGAUGCGCUCCUCGAUGAUUACGAGGACGAAGGGGACGGUGGCGAUUGGCGACGCCGCGAGCGCUCGCAGACUCCGGUCUACGAUCACGAUUCGUCCAAGUCGAAGCCUAGGAAGAGGCUCGUUAAGAAGGGCGACACCGGGAGGCAGUCGGUGGCGCCGGAGCUCGAAGACGAGGUGGCGGAGGAAUCAGAUGAUCAUGAUGGUGUUAGGAACGUGGAUGAUGACAACUUUAUAGAUGACACUGGGGUGGAAGCUGGUGGUUACUAUGGCAGUGAUGAACCUCGUUCUCCUGGUGAUGCUCCCCAGGCAGAGGAAGGUGAAGAGGAUGAUGAAAUUAAGGAUCUUUUCAAGGUAGGUAAGAAAAAGAAGAAGAAUGAGAGAAGUCCUGCAGAAAUAGCUUUAUUAGUUGAGAACGUCAUGGCUGAGCUUGAAGUCACAGCUGAAGAGGAUGCUGAACUUAAUAGACAGGGGAAGCCUGCCAUUAAUAAACUAAAGAAGUUGGAUCUUCUAACAGAAGUCCUCUCGAAGAAACAGCUCCAAUUAGAGUUUUUGGACCAUGGAGUACUAACUUUGUUGAAGAAUUGGCUUGAGCCACUUCCUGAUGGAAGCUUGCCAAAUAUCAACAUACGCACAGCAAUUUUGAAUAUUUUAAAUGAUUUUCCUAUUGACCUAGAGCAGUAUGAUAGAAGAGAACAGCUGAAGAAGAGUGGUCUUGGGAAGGUGAUCAUGUUCCUAUCGAAGUCCGACGAAGAAAUCAAUGCGUUUGGUGGAAAAGGAGGCAAAGAUCAUGACGGUGAAGUUAAGGAGAUGUGGGAUACCAUUGCUGGCGGUGAUUCUGAGGAUGAUCAUGAUGGUGUUAGGAACGUGGAUGAUGACAACUUUAUAGAUGACACUGGGGUGGAAGCUGGUGGUUACUAUGGCAGUGAUGAACCUCGUUCUCCUGGUGAUGCUCCCCAGGCAGAGGAAGGUGAAGAGGAUGAUGAAAUUAAGGAUCUUUUCAAGGUAGGUAAGAAAAAGAAGAAGAAUGAGAGAAGUCCUGCAGAAAUAGCUUUAUUAGUUGAGAACGUCAUGGCUGAGCUUGAGGUCACAGCUGAAGAGGAUGCUGAACUUAAUAGACAGGGGAAGCCUGCCAUUAAUAAACUAAAGAAGUUGGAUCUUCUAACAGAAGUCCUCUCGAAGAAACAGCUCCAAUUAGAGUUUUUGGACCAUGGAGUACUAACUUUGUUGAAGAAUUGGCUUGAGCCACUUCCUGAUGGAAGCUUGCCAAAUAUUAACAUACGCACAGCAAUUUUGACUAUUUUAAAUGAUUUUCCUAUUGACCUAGAGCAGUAUGAUAGAAGAGAACAGCUGAAGAAGAGUGGUCUUGGGAAGGUGAUCAUGUUCUUAUCGAAGUCCGACGAAGAAAUCAAUGUAAAUAGAAAACUAGCUAAGGAACUGGUUGACAAAUGGAGCCGACCCAUAUUUAAUAAGAGUACACGGUUUGAGGACAUGAGAAAUGCUGAGGACGACAGGAUUCCUUUCAGGAGGCCAACUGUUAAAAAGCCGGCAAAUAAAGCAGCAGGGAUGGAAUCUAGAGAUGGUGAUCUUGAUUUAGAAUUUUCACAGCCUAGGUCUGGACAGUCUUCUUCAAGGCAACAUGCAUCAAGGCCAGAAGCAACACCUUUGGAUUUUGUGAUCCGUCCCCAGUCUAAAAUUGAUCCAGAAGAAGUUAGAGCGCGAGCAAAAGCUGCCGCACAAGAUCAGCAGAGAAUGAAGAUGAAUAAGAAGUUGCAGCAGUUGAGGGCACCAAAGAAGAAGCAGCUUCAAGCUACAAAACUAAGUGUGGAGGGUCGUGGCAUGAUCAAAUAUUUGUAGAUCUGUUGACUGGUUGAGUUGUUAUUAUAAAGGAGCAACCAGUGACUGCUUCCUUUGCAGACCUGUGUUCUGUGGUCUGAAUUUCAAGUUUGGCGGGUUGCUGUGAAAAUGCUCUCCGUUUACCCCUGCGCGGUUGUUGUGUAUUCAUCAAUUGCAUAAAUGAUUCCCGCAAGUAUGGGAUUGUGGUGCACAUGCUGUUAAUUGUUGUUUAAUAAUCAACCCUCGGUUUGUCAUCUCAAUUC